CAAGCGUUAUUCGGAGGGACGUUUCCACUGAGCUGCUGGAAACCCUCACCGAUAAAUAAAUAAAUAAACAAAUAAAUAAAAUAAAGUAAAAAAUAUAAAUAAAUGUUUGAGAUAUCAUUUUCACAAGUUUCAGACAGUGUUUAUUCCUUUUCUAACGUCAAAUGUCCCAUGUUUAGAUGUAGCAAUAACCGUGUGUCCAUGCAAUGAGGGCCUCUCUGUCAGCCUUCACCCUACCAGAGCCAGACGGAGGCGCUCUAAGGAAAGCGUGACUUGGCCGUGGCGUACUUACAUUGCUAAGCUUUACGCUAUUUUAGAUUCACAUCGCUGGAAUAAAUUUAUCUGUGUGCGUUGGGGUGGGCGGGCUGGAGUAAGUGACGCGGGCGGGGAAUGUUGGGGGUUGGGAGGGGCAAGGGCGCGCUGCUGCUUACUUAGUAUCAGACGGGCACAGGCUGGUGUGGUCACGCGGAGCCUCCACAACACGCCUAGUCAGGUUUAAACAUUCACCUCAUAAGCCAUUAUAACAAGUCAAGAAUAUCUAAAAGUACUCACUGCAGGAACACAUUAUCAUAGUCAUUAUUCGAUUGUUUAGGCCUCUCCCCGCAAGAAGAUGGAGAACGCUACUGGAAGUCUCUCCGCUGACACGGAAUAUCAUAAUUUCCCCGAAGUACAAGAAGAAAUCGACGUCUUGAUCGUGUCCUGCUGCAAUGAAGACAACGACGUUUCCUGCAAGUUCUACAGAGUCUUCUUGCCGGUGCUGAUCGCCUUCACUGUGGUGACGAGCGUGGUGAGCUGCGUUGUGACCUGCUGUGCCCCCUGGGUCAAGCGACCCAUGUCAGCCUCGGUCCGGCUUUCCCUCUCCUUGUCCGCCGCCAACACUUUGUUCGCCGUCACCUGGACCUUGUACCUGGUGGUGAACAUGUACCUGAAGAAGAUGCAGUGUGUACCGGUGCCCGGCUGCCUCAUGCUGGCUGUGGAGGUGCUGCGGCUGGGCAGCAUCCUGGUACAAGUGCUGCACUUGCUGGCUGUGGCGCUGAGUCACUACUUGGGCUCGCUGCGGCCCCUGCACUACUCCACCACCGCCACGCCCGCCGCCCUCAGGCUCAUCCUGGCUGCGGUGUGGAUGGUGCCGCUUACGGGAGUGGCGGUGGUGUUCGCCAGCGUACCUGGCCAGGGUUUCCGCUCCCGAGAGAAUUGCACCAACAACACCUUCUACCACCAGGAAGUGACGUUUCGUUUGGUGUGGUCGUGCAUUUUCUUCGGCCCUACAGUAGUGAUCGUGCUGGUGUACUGCCACAUCUUCUACCUGUUACGACAGCGUUCCAUCUACCUACAGGACACCCCCAUGGCAGCGAUACAGCACUUUAACGUUAAGAUGGUCCGCCUGUCCGCCAUGUUCGUGGUGACCUUCGUGCUGGGUUGGGGUCCUGCCGUGGCCAAGUUCGUCCUGGUGUGUGAGAACUGCCUCAUCUCUGACCUCGAUCUCCAGACCAGCAUGUAUCUCGGGGCUGCCUUCAACACGCUCUUCACGCUCAAGGUGUUCACGGAUACGUUCAUCUAUGCGGUACGACUGCCUGCUGUGCGUAAGGCCUUGUGGGACAUGUGGAAGGCGGUGAAGAACUGCGGCCGAUCCUCCAGACUGGGCAGGACGCACUACCGCCACAAACAACUCCGUCGGGCCUCCACCUCCCAGCGAACUGUCUCCUUCGGCCUCUCCUACACGUCCUCCAGCCUCCAGCGGCUGCUGGAGGGCGUGAGAGUGUCGAUCCAGGGCCGCGUCAGAUCCAAAGGAGGACGAGACAGCCGCGGCGGGACUCGGGCACAAGUGAACGCCGAGACAGAGGUCUUGCCAGCUGCACACACACAACCCACAUCCGAGGAUGGCACAGGGGACGCCGUUCCCUUCGCCAGAAAGUCAUAAGGACGUCUUGCCUGACGACUCAUCAACCUCAAGACAGGAGUUAGGAGUUAGGAGUGGUGUCCUAACUUGUGAGCACCCAACACUCGGAUAAUAAAUACGUAUACAUUGCGAGCUCAACAAGUAUGUAACUCAGUUCAGUGCUUUGUUAAUGAACCACAGCCGCCUGCACGUUCCCCUACUCACAUUGGCGAGGAAGCUGCUUGCAGGCUCGUGCAUGUUAGUGACGAAAUGAACGGUAGUGAUGCAUCUCGCUAAUGGACAAAGGAUUAAGUUCGUGCUCUCUCCGUGUGACGCAACCCUCCAGAACCGACACCCGAAUCCAGAAAUCAAAGGUUGAAAUAAAAGGGAGCCAGUUAGCAAUACCCUCUCUCCAGCAAGGAGCGCCUUAAAGAACACCGCCUCAUGAGGCUCAUUAGGAUCAUUUAUUACCUAUGAUUCCCUUGAUUUUUAUACGUCCUCGGAUACCAUGAUCACUAAUUAUUUCUUAUAAGGAAGACCUAGCGAUCAAAGCACAUGGAUUCUGAACACGGGUAUUCCAUAGAUUUGUAUAUUAAUAGUUUUAUGCGGUGGUAGUUGGUGAAUUUGUGCCGUAGAAGUUUUCAAGGUUCCAAGACAUUUCUCAAAUUUUGGAUGAUCCUUUUUGACUACUUUAUUGGAACUGGAACCUUCAACAGUUUUUUUUUUUUUAUUCUUGUACAUAAAAAUGUGUAUGUAAUGACCAGAGUUAAAAAAAAAAAAAAAAAAAAACAGCCAGCAGCCAGCAUUUUUAUAGAACAAACUGUGAAACUAAAAGACUUCUAAUCUGAUGGAGUUGCACCGUUCACUGUUGGUUCUAAUCGCUGUGGUCACCGUGAGUACAACGUAGGGUCUUCUUUCAGGGAGUAGUGCCGAAAGAUUGCUUUUACUGUGGACGUGUUACUCAUGGACUUAUUGUAAGAGUUUAGAAUUUGGGUAUUUCUUAGAUGUUUAUCUUACAUAGUAAAGGAGUAGCGUUGAGUAGAAGAUUGGAUUCUUAGAGAUAAUUUACUGUCUUACUGACGUGUGGAGCUCCUAUUUGAAAUUGUUAAAUGUUGUAUGUCUCGUAAGAGUCCAAGACUGAAUUACUUCAUGCGUCGUAUUAUCUCGCACACACUCAGGUGUCACCAUGGCAUUAGUAUCUUGUUUUUACUUUUGUUCUGUUUAGUUAGUUUUAUAUUAACUGAUUAUUUUAAUUAUAUCUUUCUUGAGUCUUUUAGUUAUAUCAUUAUUGACUGAUUUUCUUGUGAGUGGGUUAAGUUCUUGAACUUUAUUUUUGCGACUGAUUUCAUUAGCGGUCUUUAUUCGUAUACAUGUUUACUGUUACACUUUAUGUGACUGAUGUGUCUCUAAUCUGCAAACCAGUGUAGUAGGUCUUGGAGUUGGACUAUCCUGCGAUAGUAAUGAAGUAGUGAAACUUGUGUUUUACUAGUAUAUUAUUAACUACAUUAUUAAAAAAUACAGC